AUGGCGAGUAACUGUGAAGUUUUCUGCGAGAUCUUAAUCGCGAUCCUUCUUCCUCCUCUUGGUGUUUGCCUCAAGAAGGGCUGUUGCACUGUAGAGUUCUUGAUUUGCUUGGUCCUGACAAUCUUAGGAUACAUUCCCGGCAUAAUUUACGCGCUAUACGUGAUCGUGUUCCAGAACCGUGAUGAGCAAUCUCGCGAAAUCAGAGCUCCUCUCAACUCAGCUUGA